UUAUUUAUGUAUCUAGUUGGAAAUACAUAACAGGGCAUUCUAUGCCCUUUGGGAAAAAUCUUUGAGGUAAACGAGCUGCUGAUUGAUAAGAAAUUGCUCUGGCCAUGCUUCUUAAUUUCUGUGACAGUCGUCUUUAUCCAAAAAUAAGCUGUGAUAAAGUAUCUGUGGAUGGAUAUGAUGUAAAAAAUUUAAUCUCUGGAGACUUAUCUAAUAGACAGAAGGGAUUCCUGGGAGAAUAUUUCAUCAAACCCCCAGUAACCAUUACUCUGUCAUUUCCAUGUAACAUUGAGAUAAAAAAUAUUAUUAUAAAUCCGUGUGUGAGUGCCCAAAAGUCAUCUGGAUUAGAAAUACAGUGCUACCUCGGUACCACUGUAUAUAGUAAAAGUAAUCAAGUAAAGACAGGCCCAUUGUGGGAGCAUGUCUCUGAAGUUUCACCCAAGGACAAAAAUGCUUAUGAAUAUAUUUUCAGUGCAGUGUUUUCACCUAUUGGAAAAGUGCAAUUAACAGACCCAGAUACUGUGUGCUUUGAAAACCGAUUAUUUCAGCCUUUGUCUGCAGAUCAAGUUGGAUCAUUUCCUAAGUCACCUUAUAAACACCAUGUAGAACUCAGGGGAAGGAAUUCCAGAGCAUUAAGUUUUGUGAGUGAUCUUAACAUAAGGGUUACAAGAACUGCAGCAGGAAGAUCUGUUGCUAUAAAAAGUAUCGAAGUCUGGGGUCAACCUUCAAGGUCAGUUCCAAGGUCAGUUAGAGAAAAAUUAAAUCAUUUAUUUUGUACCAGUACAUUAUCAAAUUUAGUGCCACCAUUUAAAGAAAGGAACAUUCUCAAUCAGAAUUCUUGUGAACAAGUGCUUCGAGAUGAAGACCAAAAGGACAGAUGUUACACAGAACAAACUAGCGUUCAACUACCCAGGAGCUCUUCACACUUAGAGGGUGGAGUGGAAAUACCAGAAGAUUUUACUGAUGCCAUAUCCUGUGAAAUUAUGUCAGUGCCUAUCCUGUUACCAUGUGAGAAAAAUAUUGACCAAUCAACUUUGGAGAAACACAAUUCUGCAGAGGCAUCAUGGGGUAGAUUACCCAGUGACCCCUUUACAGGGGUUCCAUAUGACAACAAGAACAAACCAUUGCCAAAUGUUCAUCUGAAACUUCGCAUUGACAAAUUUAUGCUAGAAAACAGUGAUAAACUUCAGCAUGUGCCUAGAACACUUGGAAGAAACACAGAUAAUUCUUUGGUUUAUGCGAAAAAUGGACCAGAAACAAGCAGACUGGUAGAAAAUUCUGGAAAGAGAGCAGAUAGUACCUAUUUUGAGCAAAAUGAGUCUGAAAGGAAUAAUCUGAAGAAAGAAGAGUCCAGAAAGAGGAAGAACCCAGAUCUUUGUUCUGAUAUCAAAGGCAAAAGACUUAGGGAAACUGGAAAUGAAACCAGUACAACAGCAUCUCUUGUUAAUAAUACAGCAAACUGUGUGAUAGACCUGACAAAAGAUGAGAAGAUAUCAAUUACAGGCAAAGAAUUAACAAAGAUAAAAUUUCAUGAUGAGGAAUUAAAAGAGAGCAUAAACUCUGCUUUCAGUGACAUUCUCAGUCAGCUACCAUCCUUUACAAAAACAGUGAACAUGUCUCAGGAAAAAGCAGGACCCUCUAAUGUGGCUGACCAUUCUCAGAAGUUGAUUGAAAACAACUGCAGUAGCUGCAAUGAGCAAUGUGAUUCUAUGUAUAAAGCCCCCUGUGGGCACCUGUUUUGUAGGAAAUGUUUACUGAAACAGAGAAACUAUUGUUCUGGGAUAUUUGAUAAAACAUGCCAGAAAUCUUGGAAAUCAAAUGAAAUAUCUAAAGUUCAUUAA